GAGUAUAGUCUGGUUCAUCACCUAGUGGUCUCUCACAAACUAAUCAUCUCUCUUUUUUUUUCACACACGUUCAUGGCUUCCUUCAUCCAAUCACCUUGGCAGUUUCUGAUCACACAUUUCAGUGAUUUCCAACUGGCCUGUCUGGGGACUUUCUUUCUGCAUGAAGGCGUUUUCUUCUUAUCUGGACUUCCUUACAUGUGGCUAGAGAGGACAGGGUGGUUCAGCAAGUAUAAGAUUCAGGAGAAAAAUAAUAGCCCCGCAGCUCAGGAGAAAUGUAUCUCUCGCUUGAUGUUGUAUCAUUUUGGUGUCAAUCUACCAAUUAUGAUCAUUUCAUAUCCUAUGUUUAAAUACAUGGGUAUGCGGAGUAGUCUUCCAUUGCCAUCAUGGAAAAUCAUUUUAACCCAAAUAAUCUACUACUUCAUUUUGGAGGAUUUUAUAUUCUACUGGGGACACAGGAUACUGCACACAAAAUGGUUGUACAAACAUGUACACAGUGUUCACCAUGAGUAUGCUACUCCAUUUGGACUUAAUUCUGAAUAUGCUCAUCCCGCUGAGAUACUUUUCCUUGGAUUUGCUACCAUUAUUGGUCCGGCUCUCACCGGUCCACACUUGAUAACUCUUUGGAUAUGGGUGUCUGUGAGAGUCUUGGAGACAGUUGAGGUGCAUUGUGGUUACCAUUUUCCAUGGAGUCUUUCAAACUUCCUUCCAUUAUAUGGAGGAGCCGAUUUUCAUGACUAUCAUCACCGAUUGCUGUACACAAAGUCUGGAAACUACUCGUCAACCUUUACUUACAUGGACUGGAUAUUUGGAACUGAUAUAGGGUACAAAAAAUUGAAAGCCUCCAAGAGAGCUGAACUUGAGCAAAAGAAACACUGAUGUAUCACAUGUUUUGGAGGGUAUCUAGAAAGAUCAGAGAGUUACUGUUGAAAUCCAAUUUAAUGGUAUAAUCGAAAAUAUAGUUUGUUCCAUCAUUGUCAUAUACUACAUUUGGUUAUGUUGUUGUUCUUGUAUACAGAGUCGGGAAGGCUUUCUUUAGAGACAUAUGCCUUGUUUUUCAAACAAAUAUAAUAAAGUUGUU